UGCCGGCUGGAGGCUGUGCCACUGGAGUUUGGGGACUAUCACCCGCUGAAGCCCAUAACCUGCUCAGCAGGAUGUGGCAUUCGAAGUUCUUCGAAAAGGAAGGAGAUCGUGUUAAGUCGCAGCUUCCGAUGCAGUAGAUCCAAGGUGGAGCUCCAGAGUCCGUGUUUUUUGACGAGCUCCAUGUGAUGUGGCUGCUGCUUGUCUGGGGACCUGCUUUGUGUCACAGAGUCCAAGACCAAGAAAGUGAGCCGGAAAGGCAGCACUUCCUCCACGUCCUCCUCGUCUUCCAGCUCCGUGGUGGACCCACUGAGCAGCGUGCUGGAUGGGACAGACCCCCUCUCCAUGUUCGCGGCCACGGCUGACCCUGCAGCCCCGGACAGCUCUAGAAAGAGACGAGACCGAGAUGAGAACUCCAUCGUAGGAUCAGACUUUGAGCCCUGGGCCAGCAAACGAGGAGAAAUCCUUGCCCGGUACACGACCACAGAGAAGCUGUCUAUCAAUCUGUUUAUGGGAUCUGAAAAAGGCAAAGCGACCGCCACGUCCGCCAUGUCGGAGAAGGUUCGGACCAGGCUGGAGGAGCUGGAUGACUUUGAGGAGGGAUCCCAGAAAGAACUGUUGAACUUGACUCAACAGGAUUAUGUGAACCGCAUUGAGGAGCUCAACCAGUCUCUGAAGGACGCAUGGGCCUCGGACCAGAAAGUGAAGGCUCUAAAAAUAGUCAUCCAGUGUUCAAAGCUGCUUUCGGACACAAGCGUUAUUCAGUUCUACCCAAGCAAAUUUGUCCUUAUCACCGACAUACUUGACACAUUCGGAAAGCUCGUGUACGAGCGCAUCUUCUCCAUGUGUGUGGAUAACCGCAGCGUCUUACCAGAUCACUUCUCUCCAGAGAAUGUCAAUGACACGGCCAAAGAAACAUGCUUAAAUUGGUUUUUCAAGAUUGCUUCCAUCAGGGAACUCAUUCCGAGAUUUUAUGUGGAAGCAUCCAUCCUGAAAUGUAACAAGUUCCUCUCCAAAACGGGGAUUUCAGAAUGUCUGCCCCGACUGACGUGUAUGAUUCGAGGGAUUGGAGACCCGCUGGUGUCUGUGUACGCGAGGGCCUAUCUGUGCCGGGUGGGGAUGGAGGUGGCUCCACAUCUGAAAGAAAGCCUGAAUAAGAACUUCUUUGACUUCCUCCUCACAUUCAAACAGAUUCAUGGCGAUACAGUCCAGAACCAGCUGGUGGUCCAGGGAGUGGAGCUCCCAUCCUACCUGCCCUUGUACUCGCCUGCCAUGGAUUGGAUCUUCCAGUGCAUCUCCUACCAUGCCCCCGAGGCCCUGCUAACUGAGAUGAUGGAGAGAUGCAAGAAACUAGGAAACAACGCCUUGCUGUUGAAUUCCGUGAUGUCCGCUUUCCGGGCCGAGUUCAUCGCCACGAGGUCCAUGGAUUUCAUUGGCAUGAUUAAAGAGUGUGAUGAGUCGGGUUUCCCCAAGCAUCUUCUUUUUCGCUCACUGGGGUUAAACUUAGCCUUGGCUGACCCUCCUGAGGGUGAUCGACUCCAGAUUCUCAAUGAAGCUUGGAAAGUUAUCACUAAGUUGAAGAAUCCACAGGACUACGUUAACUGUGCCGAGGUAUGGGUGGAGUACACCUGCAAGCAUUUCACGAAACGAGAGGUGAAUACCGUUUUGGCUGAUGUCAUCAAGCACAUGACUCCAGAUCGUGCAUUUGAAGACUCCUACCCUCAGCUUCAGUCGAUAAUUAAGAAAGUGAUCGCCCACUUCCAUGAUUUCUCCGUUCUCUUCUCAGUGGAAAAAUUUUUGCCAUUUCUGGACAUGUUCCAAAAAGAGAGUGUGCGGGUGGAGGUUUGCAAAUGCAUCAUGGAAGUUUUUAUCAAGCAUCAGCAGGAGCCCACAAAGGACCCCGUCAUUCUGAACGCCCUUUUGCACGUUUGCAAGACCAUGCAUGACUCUGUGAAUGCACUCACUCUUGAGGAUGAGAAAAGAAUGCUGGCAUAUUUGAUUAAUGGAUUUAUAAAAAUGGUGUCCUUUGGCCGUGAUUUUGAACAGCAACUAAGUUUUUACGUUGAGGCUAGGUCAAUGUUUUGCAACCUGGAACCUGUUCUUGUGCAGUUGAUUCACAGUGUAAACCGGUUGGCAAUGGAAACAAGAAAAGUAAUGAAAGGAAAUCAUUCCAGAAAGACGGCUGCAUUUGUGCGGGCCUGUGUUGCCUACUGCUUCAUUACCAUUCCCUCCCUGGUGGGCAUCUUCACGCGCCUCAACCUCUACCUGCAUUCUGGUCAGGUUGCCUUGGCCAACCAGUGCCUUUCCCAAGCCGAUGCCUUCUUCAAAGCCGCUAUAAGCCUCAUUCCGGAAGUUCCAAAGACGAUUAAUAUCGAUGGAAAGAUGCGGCCGUCAGAAUCAUUCCUUCUGGAAUUCCUCUGCAAUUUCUUUUCUACUUUAUUAAUAGUUCCGGAUCAUCCAGAACAUGGGGUCCUGUUCCUUGUCCGAGAGCUUCUCAACGUGAUCCAGGACUACACCUGGGAGGACAACAGUGACGACAAAAUCCGCAUCUACACCUGUGUCCUGCACCUCCUAUCCGCCAUGAGCCAGGAGACCUAUCUCUACCACAUAGACAAAGUUGACUCCAACGACAGCCUCUAUGGGGGAGACACCAAAUUUCUGGCUGAAAACAACAAGCUGUGUGAAACGGUGAUGGCUCAGAUCCUGGAGCAUCUGAAAACCUUGGCCAAGGAUGAGGCCCUGAAGCGCCAGAGCUCGUUGGGCCUUUCCUUCUUUAAUAGCAUCUUGGCCCACGGGGACCUGCGCAACAACAGACUCAACCAACUCUCUGUCAACCUGUGGCACCUGGCACAGAGGCACGGCUGUGCAGACACCAGGACCAUGGUGAAAACUCUGGAAUACAUCAAGAAACGAAGCAAACACCCAGAUAUGGGUCAUCUGACUGAGCUGGCCCUCAGGCUCCCUCUGCAAACAAGGACCUAACUCUGGGACUGUGAAGCCAAGUUCAGAAAGACCUGUUUUGCUUUUUUUAUUUUUACGCACACAAAUUGGUUUAAGCUUUGGCCUCUACCCAGAUGAUUGUGACAUUGAAGAACUGGGAAGUGUCAGAGCAAAAUCCAAUCUUGUUCAGAGUAGAGCACUGUUCUAGUGUUUCUUUGCAGAAGUGGCCUUCAGAUUGGCAUUUAUAGAGAAACAGAAGAAUCCAAGUAACAUCUCUCAGUG